AUGCCAGCAAAUUUUGACUUUACAUCUCACGUCUCACCACCACCACCUCUACCACUCUUCAUCAUCACCCAUCUCUCAACCAACAUUUACAUCCUUCUUUGCUUACAUCGCUCGUAUAAUUUCACACACCGAAUUUCCAGCAACCAAAAGGGGAAGGGGAAAAAAAAAAUGGUGCAAUACAUCCACACCCCCUACCCCUCCCACUCCUCCCUCCUCUCCCUCCGCUCCCAAUUCUACCCCCCCCCUUCCCUCCCCCUCGAGAUCGCCACCCAGCAAAAGCAGGAAGCGGUUGACAGAGUGGCGCUUUAUACGCACCGCGGCUCGUGCCCGCAUUUGGUCGAGUCGACUGCGCUUCUGACGGCGGUGAUAUUGUCUGAUCAGGCGGGGGACACGAACACUAGCACGUUGAGGGCGGCGUAUGUGGCUGCUUUUGGGAGGUUUGUGACUGGGUUGCUGGAUGGGUGUCAGGAUAAGGUUAGGAAGCAGAGUAUGUUUGAUCUUGCGAGGGUGGUGGGGUUGCCGGCGAAGUUUGUGGAGCUGAGGCAUGCGGGUGUUCAUGAGGGUAUGCCUGGGUUGGGGAGGUUGAGGAGGGGGGUGGAGGAGGGGUUGGGGUGGAUUUAUCAGUACUAUUGGGGGAGGUUGGAAGGGGGGGAUGGGGAGGAGAUGGAGAUGGAGAUGGAGAUGGAGAUGGAGAUGGAGAUGGAGAUGGAGAUGAAGAUGGAGGGGGUGGAAGGGGAGGGGGGUAUAGGGGGGAAAGAAAAGGUCGAGGGGCUGGUGAAGAGGUAUUUGGAGCUGGGGGACACGGUGGGGGAGAAGAUUAGACGGGAUAUACUUUGGGAGCAGAUCAGGGGGUGUGAGAGGGGGGUGGUGAAGAUGGUGGUGGAAAAGGUUGCUGGGGGGACGUCGGAUGGGAAGGUUGUUAGGCGGGGGAUGGCGCUUUCGAGGUUGUUGGAGGAACAAGGGGAGGGGUUGGUGGUUAAGGGAUCAGACAGCAUACCUCAGAUGCGGGAAACAGUACCCGGGACCAACGAGGACGUCAAGAUGGCAGAGGCAGAGGUGGAAGCUGUACCGGAGCCAACAACUAUCCAGCAGCCGCCCAGAGAACAACAACGGCAACAGUCUUCGCCAAGCUGGGUGUUGUAUGACGAAAAGGAAUGGGUUCCCAAGCCCAUCGGGGUUGUGUAA